CAAACAGGAAGUUCAGAUCGAGUCGUUGUCUGUGGAAGUUUGUUUUGCCACGUUAUGACAACAGUUUGAGAUGCUCUGCAUGUAGCUGAUUGUAUUUAUUGAUAAUGUCUCGUUGCCGAUUCAGCGAUUUGUUUGACAAGAUACCGGUUGCGUUUGUUUGACGGCAUUAUAGCCUAAACAAUGCUGCGUUUCACAACUAACUGAUUAGCCGACGGAGUAGCGCGAAGUCUGGAUUGUUGACACAACAAAUCAGCUGACUAAUGUAGCGAAACCAGUUAGCUAAGCAACCGACCUCAUUCGGGUAUUUUAAAUCUGGCUAGACUAUGUUAUCACUCAGUGAUUUACUAACAAUCAACAACAUGCGUACUGCAGCUUAACAUUAUGCAUGAGGCACUGCAACCUUGCUAACAUACGAAAACAAAGGUCGCUGGAUAGUGUUAGCCCUCAAGCUAACAACUAGAUGGAUCUUUUGUUUUUAGCUUUAGAGAAAUAAGCAUUUCCCCUCAUUAUGCCAUGUACUUGUGGAAACUGGAGGCGGUGGAUUCGUCCCUUGGUAGUGGUCCUUUACAUUUUACUCUUGCUUGUGGUACUGCCCCUAUGCAUAUGGGAGCUACAAAAAUCAGAGGUUGGCACACACAACAAGGCAUGGUUCAUCGCAGGUAUUUUUGUGUUCAUGACAAUACCAAUAUCACUGUGGGGAAUAUUACAGCAUCUAGUAAAUUACACCCGGCCGGAACUUCAAAAGCCCAUUAUCAGGAUACUUUGGAUGGUCCCUAUUUACAGUGUGGAUAGUUGGAUUGCGCUGAAGUACCCCAAAAUUGCCAUAUAUGUCGACACCUGCAGAGAAUGCUAUGAAGCAUAUGUCAUCUACAAUUUCAUGAUCUUUCUUCUCAAUUACCUUGGAAAUGAGUACCCCAGUUUGGUAUUAAUGUUAGAAGUCCAGGAACAACAGAAACACCUCCCACCUCUCUGCUGCUGCCCACCAUGGCCCAUGGGAGAGGUGAUGCUUCUCAGAUGCAAACUUGGAGUCCUGCAGUACACUGUCGUGAGGCCAGUCACGACAGUCAUAGCACUAAUAUGCCAACUAUGUGGGGUCUAUCAUGAGGGCAACUUUAGUUCAAAGAACGCCUGGACCUACCUGGUCAUUGUGAACAACCUUUCUCAACUGUUUGCAAUGUAUUGUCUGGUGCUGUUCUACAGAACACUGCGAGAAGAGUUGAGUCCCAUCAAACCAGUUGGCAAGUUCCUGUGUGUGAAACUGGUGGUUUUUGUGUCCUUCUGGCAAGCAGUUUUCAUCGCCCUGUUGGUCAAAGUGGGGGUUAUCUCAGACUCUCAUACAUGGGACUGGGAUAGUGUAGAAGCUGUGGCUACUGGAUUACAGGACUUCGUCAUUUGUGUGGAGAUGUUCCUAGCAGCUAUUGCACACCACUUCAGUUUUACCUACAAGCCUUACAUCCAGGAGGCAGAGGAAGGAUCCUGCUUCGAUUCCUUUUUAGCUAUGUGGGACAUAUCUGAUAUAAGAGCUGACAUUUCAGAGCAAGUACGAAAUGUUGGUCGGACAGUUAUGGGUCGGCCAAGGAAGACAUAUUUUGGCGAGGAGCCAGAAGACGACGAACAUAGAGGUCUCCUAUCAGCUGGCUCGCAAGACCCAAUUCCUGAAGCUUCGUCUGUUCCUGCAUCUCCAAAAGGCAAAUACCAGGGGUUAGGUCGCACUCUCACCCCUCACUCGGUGUCUGCACCAGCCAACCUGAGCACUACAGCAUGGGAUGGUGAUGUGGAUGACAUCAUAUCCGCGCCAGCCACUGAAUCACCUGAUUUGGAUGACGCUCCUGUGACUUAGUAGAAUAGAUUUUGUAGCCACUGUAACACACACCCACGGCGGUAGGAGGAGGUGCGUCAGAUUGGUCUCACUGAAUCAUAUACCUUGUGCAAAAGUAAUAGCCUGUGAAACUGUUUUACACUGUGCUAUUAACUAGCCAAAGUGAGUGACUGGUAUUAGUACUAAAGCCAUAGGCCCAAGGAACCCAGUUAUGAGAAUACGGCCCUCCUUCACCUCAGUUUGACAGAUGUGGCCGCCACACAUAUUUAAGGAAACUUGAAACAAAGCACACCUUUUGUCCUGCAGUAUCCAUCAACGGCACGGCUGUUGGGCCUCUCUAAGAAGACAGCUGUUUGAAUGUCAAUAUUUGUUUUUCCAUCAUAAAGCAUUGAAUCAUGAUUUUUUUUUAAACAAUUGAAGUUGAUACCAUUUCCUGCUAACAUCCAGAUGUGUGUAUUUUGACGCGUUUAAUUCUCAUUGGUUUUAAUGCAUUGUGUGGCUGGACAUCAUUAGGUAGUGUGAUACUUAUCAGACUUUCUACAAAAUGAACAUCCUACAAGUACUAGAAAAACAAACGUAUUAUACUACACGUCCUGGUCUACAUCUUAAAUUUCACAUCAAACUGUAUUUCAUUGUGGUAGAUGUAUAUAUUUUGGAGACACAUUCCUGUUUCAUUCAUUCAUGGCAAAUGUACACCACAGUAACAUUUGCAUGCACAUGACAAAUGAUAUAACAAACAUAGAAAUCAAGUUGCUGCAGUAAUUCUAUGAACCUUCAUAGGAUGUCUUUACAUCAGUAAUAUGGGUCUGUAUUUCAUGCACAAUACCAGUGCCUCAACACAUACACAUAAUGCUCAAUACACAACCGUGGUUUCCUUGAUUGGCAGUUAUUUCUCUAAAGACAAACCAAAUUUGCAAGACAUUUUUUGCCAUUGCCUUUGAGGAUUAAAAUGCUCUGAACCAUUUAACCUAAUUUUUAACCAAAGAUCCGUCAAAUAAACAAAUGUCUGGGUGACAUCUGGUUGAAAGAUCAUGUUAUGAUCCAAGUAGUAUCUAUUCAGGAUUUUGUUUUAUUUUACUUUGUGGUAGUACAUCAUAUUCGAAGUGCUGAUCAUAUCAAAUGUGUCUUUCUGUAAUUGUAUGUGCAGCUAUGUUGCAUUGCCUUAUCUAACAAUUGUAAAUCAUUAAAUAUUACAGGGGAAAUUAUUCUAAUUGACCAUCUUUCCUGUGCAACCUGUACUAAACCUUAAAACAGUACAUACAUAUUA